UCUUCCGCCCUGCGAUGCUUCGGCGAGCAUGGAAUGGCCUGCGUCAGGCACGCGGCAUGCUGAAAAGGAACAUGACAACGAUGAGAGCAACUUCGUCUAGGGUUGGAACAGCCACGCUGAUUCCUCCUAGUGCCCUCCUGCUGUCAUGUGCUGCCUCCAUGCCUGCUCGUGCUGUGCAUACUCAGGGAGGCUCGAGCUUGGUGACAUGUCCUUCAGGUCUCAAGUAUGAGGAAAUCAGAACUGGAAGCGGCGAGCAGCCAAAAGUAGGCGACAUCGUACAGGUGCACUAUGUCGGUACUCUGGAAUCAACCGGAGCAAAGUUUGACAGCUCGUAUGAUCGAGGAACUCCCUUGGAGUUUCCUGUUGGGACAGGGAAAGUGAUCAAAGGGUGGGACGAAGGCUUGCUGUCCAUGAGGGAGGGUGGAAAACGUCGCCUCGUCAUCCCGCCUCACCUUGGCUACGGCAGCAGAGGAGCUGGAGGUGUUAUCCCCCCUAACGCGACGCUCGUCUUUGUUGUCGAGCUCGUCGGCGUCAAGCCUCCUCCUCCGUCUCUCUGGAAAAGAUUCUUUGGAUGAUUGCAGGGUGUCUUGCAGGAGAAGUUGUUGUCUUCGUUGUAAUGAACAAGAUAAAUCCCUUUUUGU